CCGAGGUGUAUGAAAGUGCCCUAAAUACUUAUUUUUCGGACGCUCGUGCUUUGCUUUUUGCCAUUUUUAUUCGCGACGACCAGUCGAUGUUGUUACGGUGCCUUUUUUUUCGAAAAGGUGCCGCAGGAUAAGCGCUCUCGUGUAUACACACGUGAGGAGAGCGAGAGCGCCUCUAGCGGCCGACUACCGCGCUACGCCCCCUCACGGCGGGCUGGUGCUUUUAUUUUUAUGUUCCGCGGUGUUUACAUGGUGGUUUUAUUGUUGGUGCGGUUGUGUGUUGCUCGGGAGAAGGAAGGAUACGCCAUUGCAAUCACGUGUACAUAUGCACACAGACAUGGUCCUGGUUACCCGGAGGAUUUCCGGUUUUAAAUGGGAAGAUGAGGAGUGGAGCGACACGGAGAAGGCGCCGUCCGUGAGCAGCGGCCUCGAGGGUGGUGGCUCGGGAGUGUCAAGUCCCACGGGACGGGAACAACAGCAACUCGGCGACGAUCAGGAACAACACCAGCUGCCGCCGCCUCCUCGGCUCAAUGUGGUCAGUGGCAGUCAGAUCGAGGACAUCAGGCUGAGGCUGAACGCGCUACCGGAGGACACCAGGAAACGCCUGGCUACUCUCACCGAUGACUACGAGAGCACGCGGGCAUAUCGUGAGCGCAGUCAUCCGACGCAGCAACGACCCUCGCGGCCGAAUUCGGUGCAAGACCUGAGCCCAAAAUCAAUAGGCCGGGGAGGAGGAGGAGGUCCCGAUCUCAGCACAAUCGACGAGGAGAUGACAGUGCGCGAGGACGAGGCUUGCGGUCGAGCCUCAGCGUCGUCGUCCUCGUCGACUACGGGAUCGAGCCAGCAGCGCAAGGAGCAGGAGAGGCGCGCGGGUUCGUCCUCCUCGAUGGACGAUAUCGUGGUUCAGGAGCCGAAGAGGCCUCGGUUGAAGGAUGAGCCCAGCGUCGUCACUGGUGCUGCUGCUGCUUCCCCCAUCACUCCCAGACUGAGACUCAAUACUAGUCUGGCGACGGAUCCGGCGCUCAGACCUCAGCCCGUCGCCGCCCUCACCAUCAAGCCCGAGAACGCACCGUCGCCGCCGAAUCCGACACCUGCGCUCUCCGCUAGUCUACAGAAUGCAAUAGCAUCUGGCCAUCUCUUCGUACUACCGAACGACGGCAGCAAGGACUUGAGCCUUCAGAGCGUCGAAGCGGCGGCGGCGCCCCGGCCAGUGGCCCUGAUCUGUCCUCCUUGCGGCAUAAGAUUCAGCUCGGCGAGCACCUUGGACGCCCACCAGACGUACUACUGUUCGCACCGGCCGCGACUCGAGAGCGACGCCGACAACAACGAGGAGAACGAGGACGGCAACAAAAUUCCAAACUCGGCCACGGGCAACAGCAGUGGCGGUCACAGGAACGAGACGGUCCUGCAGCGCAAGGCUUACGCGUGUCCCCAUUGCACCUACAGCGCCGACAAGAAAGUGUCGCUCAAUCGGCACAUGAGGAUGCACGCUUCCUCGCCCGUGCAGCCGAUCCAGCCUACCGGUCCGGCGUUGCCGAUCAACUCGGCCCAAUUGCCGGCGCAGCACAACAGCGCCGUCGCCUCCAACGGCGCCCUCAACGAGGAGGCCGAGAGAUACUGCCGGAACUGCGACAUCAGGUUCAGCUCGUUAAAGACGUUCAGGGCGCACAAGACGCACUACUGCAGCACGAGACACGUGGUGAAGGACUCCCUGCCAUCGGGGGGCGCGCCGGCACAGGCAGCGAGCGCGGCAGCUUCGACGGCGCCCGCCUCGUUCAAGGGCUCGCCCCCGACGAGUUCGAGUCCCGGUGACUCGCCGCCGCCCCUGCCCUGUCUCGCUCUGCCCACCAAUCCGAUUCUCAUAGUGCCGUACUCCCUGGUGCAAAGCGCCUCGAUCCUCGCGGCGCCCGGUCUGCCCGCCCCGAACUCGCCCUGCUUCCUCCUGCCGAACGGCACGCUCCAGCCGAUGACGAGGGGUCUGGUCACUGUCACAACGUCGACCGGCCCGACGACGACGACGACCCCCGUCACGCAGAUUCCCGCACCGUCGCUCACGCCCGGGCCCACGCAGUUCGAGCACACGGGCGUCCUCAGGGCUGCCAACAACAAGCCCGGCACGCCCCUGGGAAUCCCGCCGGCCGGCUCGCCAAACUCAUCCGCCGGCUCCUCCACGCCGCUCGACCUAAGCGUCAGAAGAUCACCGGACCACGAAAAGGAAAACCGCAUCUCGCCGGUGUCGACGUCGCUGCCGUGCGCCCCGCCAACGGCGAGCAGUCCACGUUCGCGAAGCAGCGCCAGUCCACGUGCCCGCUCUCUGCCCGGCGCCCAAGCUCCCGAGCGCGUCCUACCCACGCCGCCCACCGAGCUUGCGCUGAGGCUUGCCGAGCUGCCACCCCCGCCGGUGCCCAGCGUUCUCGUCAAACAGGGAGUUUCGAGGUGCAAAGAGUGCAACAUUGUGUUUUGCCGACACGAGAACUUUGUGGCUCAUAAAAAGCACUAUUGUCAAGCGCGCGAGAGCAGCGUGACGAGUCCACCGUCCCCGAGCACGCCCUCGCCGCCCCUAGUCCAGCUGAUAUGCGCCGCGUGUGGCAUCAAGUUCGCCUCGAUGGACAACCUCGUGGCGCAUCAGGCGUUUUAUUGUCCAAAGCGACCCGAGACCCAGGAACACUAUUCCAGGUGUCCCAAGUGCAAGUGCGUCAUCGAGCAGGGAGUCUCGCACACGUGCGCCACCGGUCAAACGGGCGGCUGGCGAUGUCCGGUGUGCGGCGCAGGAAGCCAAACCGCGGGCGCGGCUCAGCGGCACAUGGAGUCACACCAGGGGGUCAAAGCGUUUCGCUGUACGAUCUGCCGGUACAAGGGCAACACGCUGAGGGGCAUGAGAACCCACAUCAGGAUGCACUUUGACAAGCGCGGCGCGGAUCUUCAGGAGGAGAACUACAUAACAUGCGUGCUGGAGGACGACGUGACAGCACCUACUCCAGAGCCAGCCCCUGCGACGACCCCCGAGGAAAUAAUAUCCACGGACCCCCAAAAGCAACAACAGAUAAACGGCAAAGGCGAGUCUGCAACGACGCGCAAGCAGAGCAGUCCCCAGCCACCAGCCCCGGUCGUCGUAUCGCCAGCAGCCUCGCCGGCACUAAGCGUCCCAUCACCGGUAUCGUGCGCCGGCAAAGUCAAACAGGAGCGCGAGGACAGUCCUCCGGCCCAACAACAACAGCCCGCCGCAGCUGCGCCGGUGCCUGUGGAGGAGGGCCUCGAAGCCGGGAAAUCAGGUCCCCGCUACUGUCGCUCCUGCGACAUAAGCUUCAAUUACAUGAGCACCUUCAUCGCCCACAAGAAGUUCUAUUGUUCCAGCCACGCUGGCGAGGCUAGCAACAACAAUAACAACAACAAUAAUACCGGGGCAACGGCUGCGGUGGCCACGGCAAGCGCGACUACGACGCCACCGGCUGCCGGGCGCACGGAAGCCUCUGUACUUUAAGGCUCUCGUUUCUUGUUUUCUCAUCUUUUUGCGUCUUUUUAUCGAUGCUAUUGACGAUUUUCUGCGCAUAUGUAUGUAUACAUAAUUAUAUAUACACGGCUCUCGUUUGGAGCAUCGCGCCCACGGUUCGAAGGAUGUUGAUAUAUAUAUACAUAUAUAUAUAUACACAUAUAUAAAAUAUAUGUUCUUUUGUACACACCGUGAACCCCGUGAACCCGGAACCUUGAUCAUUGGUGAUCGCGUUAUUUUCGUACUUCGGAAAAUUUCGUACUCUGAGUUUUCUUAAUAAUCAUAUACUUGCGCUCUGAUUUUUAACGCAUUAUUAUUUGACUAUUGAUUAUUGCAUAGCAAGUUUAUGAUAUUGUUGAAAUUUUAUUUAUACAUUUAUUAUCAUAUGCAUAUCGUGCGUAUAAUUGUUUGUCUAGGAAUUAAAAAAAAUCUAUUACGAAUUUUAAUUAUUGUCGGGUUAAUAAUCUGAUCAAGCCUUGGGUUCGUGACUAUUAUUUUGAUUUGCCGACUGAAGGAUGAAUUGUUAAAAAAAAAUUUAUGACGAAAUAAAGCCAAAGCUCGUUUGUUCAAAGCAAAUUCUUUAUUGGUGUAGAUAUUGGUUAUUUUUUUACAAUUACUGCGUCGAAAGUUAUCCAAGUUAUCUUUAAGAAAUAAAAUUAUUAAAUCGACUCUUUUGACAAUUCAACCUACAGACUAGGAUAAGGAAAAUCAUUGUUUUUGGGUAUAUAUUUUUGCAUUUAGAAAACAUCCCAUCAAUUAUCGAUCUCACUUUUUAUAAACCUUCUCUGGAACUUUAUACACGUCUUUCGUUAUUCGAAAAAAAAAAAAAAAAAAAAAAG